AUGCGCGUAAACAAGAUUGUUAGUUACAUACAUACGUAUGUGUUUAGGUGCCAACGUAUCUCCCUCCCGACAGAAUUUAUUAGAGAGCAUGAUCUUUGGUCACAACCUGUGGAGAUCAAGGCGAGUGUGGACUUGUCUAGUGUACAUGUCAGCUGUCCCGUCGAUUUCUUGCGCAAGUAUAUUGCAAUUAUUGGUGCGAGUCUCUAUAAGGCCACGAAAUUGAUAUCAAGUGGAGUUGGGAAGCAGCAGACGAGGUUGACCUUUGAGAGAAAGCCUCGAUUGUGGCUCGAUCUUGUCUUUCCAUUCCAGAUCGGCCGUUUUAUGCCGUCUACAUGGCUUUGA